CAGCCAAUCUCGACUGAACGACCCGUUAUGACCGAACCCGUUACUUUAAUUCUUAAAGUCUCCGCUACGAGCCUCCACUGUCACCGCCGGAAAAUCGAGGUAGUACGACUCAACGGCGAGUCGGAUGGCUCGCUAGUUUCGAGUGGAGCUACUCAACGACGAGUCAGGCGAAUUUUUAGCGCUCGCUCCAUAGAUGUCGCUACUCGUUGAAGCAUAUUUUACCUGUUAAUAAUAAACAGUUUGCUGAUUGUUAAUAUGCGUUGGAUGAUUUACAAUAAAUGUUAAAUGACUAAUCUGUUAAUGUCCGAGAUACAAGAUGGAAAUGGACCAAAAUGUUGCGCAAACCCUGUUCACUCAAGGUGCCACAUUGAUUUUGCUGGACGUACCAGUAGGCACUGAUAUUGGAAUCGACAUAAAGUCAUGGAACACGGAAGGGAACUUUAAAGGCAUUAAAAUGAUCCCACCUGGGAUUCAUUACGUGCACUAUAGUGCUGUAAAUGAAUUUGGUGAGAUGGCACCAAGAGUUGGUUUUCUUCAUGACUUUAAAAAGUGCGAGUUAUUAGUAAAGAAAUGGGACAGCAAGGAAGAAGAAAUCAGCUCAGAAUCUGUACCUGAAGAGACAGUUCAGAAGCUGAAGGAUAACUUGAAAGAUUUGGAUAGGUAUUUAGGGCCAUAUCCAUAUGAAAUUUGGAAACAAUGGUCAGAAUUGAUAAGCAAGAUUAACGUGUCUCUCAUGGAAAGAUGUUCUCCACUGUGUGGCUACGUGCGAUCCGCGCUGGAAUUGGAGCACUGUAGUGACGCUUUGAGACCGCGCGGCGGAGAGUCCGAGUGCAAGAAACGGAGGAGGUCCGGAAAGUUUACGGUAGAAGACAAGGAAGAGGAGCUGUUACCAGACUUGAAACCAAAGCCAGGAACAGAACUUAGGCUCACAGAAAUACCAGACAAACGUUACCCCGACGAUGCGACUCCCAGCGAGAUCACACGGCACUUUCUCGAUUCCAGUUACGCCUUAAGCGCUACCCUGAGAAAAUUGCGAGAGCCUGUUGAGAUCAUCGGCGAGAUGCAACUGACGUUCGUCUGUUUCCUGGCUGGUCAAAGCUUGGACGCGUUCGAACAAUGGAAGAAACUUGUGUCGCUUAUCUGUGACGCGGACCACGCGAUCCCCCAGUAUCGUUCCGUUUACAUAGAAUUCUUACAGGCUUUGGAAGUAGAGCUGUCGUAUGUGCCGGAGGAAAUACUGUGCGACAUCGUGGCGAGCAACAAUUUCGUGUAUCAAAAGCUAUGCAAACUGUUUGGUAACAUCGAGUCGAACACUGAGGUGGAUGGUCGGCUGAAGUCCUACGCGAAGCGCUUGCAAGAACGUUUGACCGCGAAAUUCUUGUGGGACUUUUCGAAUUUGCUCGAGGACGCGGACGACGAGGCACCCGUGGUCGUGACUUUGGCGUGAGCGUGCGCAAAACGUUAUUCUCUCUCUCUUCUUUUAUGCUAUUGUAAUUUAUCGAUGUGAUUUAUAAACAAUUAUAAGUUGUAUAGGAUUCGAUGCGCACUUGCACGUGUGAACGAUGUAAAGUCUUAUCGCAUUUUUUAAUUAUAUUAAUGUAUUUAAUUAUACUAAAUAAAUAAUACAUUUUCGUAAUAAGUACAGGA